UUGCUUCUACUUUUACUGUACAUGUGCAUUUUUCUGUGUAGGUGAAACAUUUGCAGACAAUGUAGCCUGUAUUGUUCGAUCAUGUUGGUACCUUAUAAGCCCUCUUCACACACUAGCUAUCCGCACAAAAAUUCAAAAUACAGUAUAUUUUGUGCUAAUUCCUAGCAAAGUAUAUAUUUGCUACACUCGUGUCCAAGUGGACACUACGGAGGCGUUCACUGUUAUGGAUUCGCUGAAGAAUAUCCUCAAGAAGAAGCGCUACUCUGCGCUUAUUUUCGCUAUUGCACUAUGUCAAGGCGUAUUUCUCAGGCUCGUAAUGUGUGACCAGACUUCUGCGGUAUUCCAGGAGCUUCUUGACAUGCUGAAUACUACUAAAAAAAUAUACAUAUAUGCAAGCACUGUGAACAUCGAAAACAAUUUGGAUAAACAAAAAUAUACGUAUUAUAUGAAGACCUACUUGAAUGCAACCGACUAUUCCUUCAAGUUAUUCUUGCCCAGUUUCAACCGCCGUGAUUCUCGAAAUGCCGGUAAUGCCGCUGCAUCGGACGGAGUGAAUCCCUACCUUUUACGCGCAAAACUGCAAAACUGUACCCAAGAAACGCCUCUACCGGGUCCAUGCAUGAGCGUCGAAAAUUGGCCUCAGCUAGGAAAUGUUACGAAGGUACUCUGGCAGUAUAAUCCUACAGGACCGUGUGGUAUCUUUUUCUAUUGGCAUCAAGGACAUCAAGUGUGCGAGAUCGACAUCGUAGAAGAUGGACUUCCAGGACCAGGCUCACACGACAUUUACCACGUUUGCCAGACAAUGUUUAGGUAUAUCUGUGAACAUAAUUCACCUAAACCAAGGAUUUACCGAGAUGCCUGAAUCCAAGCAUUCAAUAAAUAUAGAAGCAGAUUUUUUAAUAGGUUUGUCUUCCGAAGCUUGAAAGCAAAAUAAAAGUAUACGUACUUUUGAUAAUGUAGAAAUAAUCUUAGGUGCACU